UGACACCGCCGCUGGCUCAAAACAUCUAAACCGAAGGAUGAACCCACAACUUCAUUGGCAGAAAUAGUCGGAGAGAACAGACGAGAGAGACCGAACGGAGACGAAAACCGAGUGCGCAAAUAACUCGUGGCGGCGGCGGGUGCCUGCGUUUCCUAAUAGGUGUCCGUUUCAAAUAAUAUCAAAGCAAGAAGUUUCACUUUCCACAGGCGGAUGGGUGACUAUCGCUCUCGGCGGCGCUUUGUGAGGAGGAGAUGAUGAAGAAUUUCAGCAACAGUCCCCUUCACAAUAACCAGACUCCAAACCACAUUAGAGAUUGGAACAACAAAAAGUUCGGUUUUCUCUCGGCGGUUCUGUUACGUUUUUCCCUGCGAGGUUAUGGUUUCUGCAUGGCUAGUCUAUUCAUCUUCUGUUUUGGGUCUCUGUUUUACCAGUUGAACGGAGGACCCCCCAACAUUCUACUGGACAUCCGACAGUAUCUCGGAGAAUCCACAUAUCUCGAUGACCACGGACCCCCAGCUCCCCGCGUGCUGCCGUUUCCCAGUCAGGUGGUGUAUAAUCGCGUGGGGAAGUGUGGCAGCAGGACGGUAGUCAUCCUACUAAGGUUACUGGCAGAGAGACACCAGUUCAACCUGGUCUCCUCAGACAUCCACAACAAGACACGCCUCACCAAACAUGAACAGGUGGACCUUAUGAGGAACAUCAGCAACAUCCCUCAGCCUUUCCUGUACACCAGACAUGUCCACUUUCUCAACUUCACCCGGUUCAGGAUAGAGCAGCCCGUCUACAUCAACAUCAUACGGGACCCCAUUAACCGUUUCCUCUCCAACUACUUCUUCCGACGUUUCGGGGACUGGAGGGGGGAGCAGAAUCACCUCAUCCGAACACCAGGGAUGAAAGGUGACGAGAGAUACCUGGACAUCAAUGUGUGCAUCUUGGAGAAUUACCCAGAAUGCUCCAACCCCAGACUCUUCUACAUCAUCCCAUAUUUCUGUGGACAGCACCCCCAGUGCAGGGAGCCGGGACAAUGGGCACUGGAGAGGGCCAAACAGAACGUUCUAGAGAACUUCCUUAUCGUGGGGAUCCUAGAGGAGCUGGAAGAUGUUCUGCUUCUUCUAGAGAGACUGUUACCUCACUACUUUACUGACGUACUCAACAUCUACAAGAGCCCAGACUACAGGAAGAUGGGGAACAUGACUGGUACGGUGCGUAAACACACACCCACUCUGGAGGCCCUUCAGGUUCUGUACCACCGCAUGCGCUACGAGUACGACUUCUACAACUUCAUCCGAGACCAGUUCCACUUGAUGAAGAAGAAGAUUGGCCUCAAAUCGGUCCCCCGACCACCUUCCCACCAGGCCUCCUUCCUAAGAGACCUCUCCCUCCGAACCCCAGAGCCCCUGGAUGAAGAUGAGGAGCUGGAGACCGACCUGGAGGAUGCCAACAGCUGGUUGGUCCAGCCCUGACCAAUGCCGUGGUGACUGAGGACUUUACUUGCAUCUGGUUGGCUGGAGGUGGCAUGAUAAAGGGGCGGGGGAUGUGCCCUGUCUGUCAGCAUUCCCAGGAGGACGAUUGGUUGGGGAUGUGUGGAUCCUGAUGCCUGUGUUUUUACGGGCUACAUAUUCCGUUCAUCUUGGACUCUCUACUCACCGCUGAGAACCUUAGGAGUGGGCUCUGAUUCUCUGCUACCACUGAGGACCUUGGGAGUGGGCUCGGACUCUCUGCUACCACUGAGGACCUUGGGAGUGGGCUCGGACUCUCUGCUCACCGCUGAGGACCUUGGGAGCGGGCUCGGACUCUCUGCUACCGCUGAGGACCUCAGGAGUGGGCUCAGACUCUCUGCUACCACUGAGGACCUUGGGAGUGGGCUCGGACUCUCUGCUACCACUGAGGACCUUAGGAGUGGGCUCGGACUCUCUGCUACCACUGAGGACCUUGGGAGUGGACUCGGACUCUCUGCUACCACUGAGGACCUUGGGAGUGGACUCGGACUCUCUGCUACCACUGAGGACCUUGGGAGUGGACACGGACUCUCUGCUACCACUGAGGACCUUGGGAGUGGACUCGGACUCUCGGCUCACCGCUGAGGCCCUUCGUUGUAGGCAGAUGGAUGAAUGGACGAACUGACAUAUUUAAAGAUUGACUAGAAUAAUGGAUGGGGGGGGGGUUGCUUUAAAAAGCUCACUUUGCUUGUUUUAAGGUUUUAUUUUUGUUUUGUUGGUUUGAGGCCGUCCUGUUUGGGGUAUCUCCAGGUGAGAUAAGACAAAAGGGAUUUGGACCUAUGAACAUUUUAAAUGUUGAGGGGAGGGCUACAUCUUAGGAUCAGGAAAAUUUCAGACACCAACAUAGGUGCAGGGAUGAUGGGGGUGAAGGAGCGUGUUGAGGUGUGAGAGAGCAGGGAUGAUGGGGGUGAAGGAGCGUGUUGAGGUGUGAGAGAACAGGGAAGAGACGGGGAUGAUGAAAUUGGAGGGGUUGUGUAACAGGUCUACUUUUAGUGCUUGACCACUCCGUCUCUCCCUGUCUCUCCCAGCCUCCUUUUCUCCCUUUCUUUUCCCCUUAUUUUCUCUCUCUCCCUCACACUCUGCCUGUUUUAAGGGCCCUUGUUUUCUCUCUCCCUCACACUCUGCCUGUUUUAAGGGCCCUUGUUUUCUCUCUCUCCCUCACACUCUGCCUGUUUUAAGGGCCCUUGUUUUCUCUCUCUCCCUCACACUCUGCCUGUUUUAAGGGCCCUUGUUUUCUCUCUCUCCCUCACACUCUGCCUGUUUUAAGGGCCCUUGUUUUCUCUCUCUCCCUCACACUCUGCCUGUUUUAAGGGCCCUUGUUUUCUCUCUCUCCCUCAUACUCUGCCUGUUUUAAGGGCCCUUGUUUUCUCUCUCUCCCUCACACUCUGCCUGUUUUAAGGGCCCUUAUUUUCUCUCUCUCCCUCACACUCUGCCUGUUUUAAGGGCCCUUGUUUUCUCUCUCUCCCUCACACUCUGCCUGUUUUAAGGGCCCUUGUUUUCUCUCUCUCCCUCACACUCUGCCUGUUUUAAGGGCCCUUGUUUUCUCUCUCUCCCUCACACUCUGCCUGUUUUAAGGGCCCUUGUUUUCUCUUUCUCCCUCACACUCUGCCUGUUUUAAGGGCCCUUAUUUUCUCUCUCUCCCUCACACUCUGCCUGUUUUAAGGGCCCUUGUUUUCAAAGUGUUAUUCAGAGUGCCAAACCGUCAAAUGGUAUGUCAUAGUCUUAAACUUCUCUAAGUGCCAAACCUAACCAAGUGGGGUCAGACACCUUCUGUUCCUAGAAACCCUGUUUGGGAGGAUCCUCUGCUCACAGUGGGAGGGGGCGACUUGGUUUAGCCCAAAUGUGAUAGUGUCUAUGAAUAACAGAAUCAGUUUACUUUGUUUAAUAGAUGUUGAUAUGAUGAGAGGGUCAAAUGGCAGGAAGAGCACCCAACUAUGAAUUCAAAGAAUUCCAACUGUGUGUCUACGAUUGGAUUUGACAACAACAUUUGUCAAACUGAUAAGGUAUGAAGAAAGGUUGAAUAUGUUGGUACAUAACUUGGGAAAUAUUAAGAAAUGUAUGAUGUUGGUUGGUGAAAAUGUGUUUUUCCUCAAAUGUUGACAUCUCCAUUGGACCGACCAUUGAUGUUUGACAUCCUUCAACAACAACAAAAAUCGAAUAAAAAGAUUAUUUCAAAGAUAAAUCUGAAGGAUGAAACAUUUUAAUCCAACGCUUUACCUGAACUCACCAAAUGAAAUGACAAUGUGUUCACAGUCUGCACUUAGUCUUAUUUGAGAUUGUUCAACCUCGGCUUGUUGGUUACUGUAAUGUCUAAAUCCACAACUUUGUUUCCAAACUCUCCCCUGACUCUCAGUGCUACAGUAUUUCAUAGAGCAGCCAUGGUGUUGUACUUUGGCCAUUUACUGAUAACUCAACACCCAGAGAAGAAAAUGGCCACAACCACCUACCUGGCAGUCAUACCUAUAGUUGCGGUCAAAUAUAUUGGCACCCUCACUAUUUCUUCUAAAAUAAGUAGAUUUGGGAAAAAAAUAUUCAUGUGUAUCUGUUUGAUUUACAACUGCACAGGACCAAGAAGAAAGUUAAAAAAUCCUAACUGAAAUUCAGACUUUUCACUUCAAAGUAAAAAAUGGCCUUGACUAAGUGAUUCACAAUUCAAAUGAAUUUGUUUCUAAUUCUGGUUUACUGUGCAAUUUAUCUCACCUGUGGAAAGUUCCAGGUGCCUACAGGGUAAAAAGAGCAAUUCAACCAGUUUUAAAUGCUCCAUUGCACUCAAUUAAAAAAGGGCAAGGGUGCCAAUAUGUUUGACCACAUCUGUAAGCCAUAGUCAUUGUACUGUCAUUGCCUUCAGCGUAGAUUUUCUUUUUGACAUUUUAAUUUAUUAUUAUGUAUCCAUUUUCAUUCCAGAAAGGAUUCUCAGGGAAAAAAAGAUUUCUCACAACGUUGAAAUAAGUUGUACAAUCAAGCUAUUCAUAGUAUCUAAAGAUGAGUAAAAUAUCAUCUUAGAUCCCCAAUCUAAUUAUAUGAACAUUUUAAAGAAAUGGUUGAACUGUUUUACAAUAAAUGGAAUCCAUUCAUUUCAAUCUCCCCAGGCAGUUUUCUAAAUAAAAACCUAACAAUUGCA